UUUAUUGGUAGACUGUUCCAGGGAACGCGUGCUUAUGAACAUGCCGGUAACUGUGUAAAUGGGACAUAAAAAGUGGUGACAUACAGAAUUAAAAGCGAAAAUGGACCUAUCACAAGUAAUUCCAACGCUGACUGCAGCAGUGGAGACGAUAAUGAACCCAACUGCUAAUCCUAUUGAUAGACUUGCGGCCCACAAGAUUUGUGAGGAGUUCAAGGAGACAUCCCCAUUAUGUAUUAACUGUGGGCUAGCGCUGUCCCAGAGACAGAACUCCUCGAUCGUAAGGCACUUCGGACUUCAGUUGCUGGAACAUGCUAUUAAGUUUAGGUGGCAAGUCUUAUCACAGGAUGAGAAGGAAGUACUGAAGAAAAAUGCACUGGAAUUUAUUGCACAUGGGACAGCCAACAUUUUGGAGGAGGAACAUCACAUCAAGGACGGUGUGUCUAGGAUCACAGUGGAACUCAUCAAAAGAGAGUGGCCUCAAAACUGGCCCUCACUCCUCAAGGACCUGUAUGACCUUUGUUUGAUGGGACCAACUCAGACAGAACUGGUCCUGAAGACUUAUCUUCGUUUGGCGGAGGAUGUGGUGGUGUUUCAGACGAUUCCUGCGGGACGUCGGCGCAGCGUGAUGCAGGGGUUGACAGCAAACAUGGGUGACUUGUUUCAGCUGUUUAUCACCCUUCUACAACAGCACACAGUAGAGAUGAAGGAGGACACCUCAGAGGCCCGACUGGUCAGUCAGUGGCACUGUCGAGUCAGUCAAGCUCUACUGACCACUCUGGCUGGCUACCUUGACUGGAUCAACAUGGACCAUAUAUUCUCCCAGAAUGCCUUGCUGCUACAGAUUCUUUGUCUGUUACUUAGCAACAGCAAUCUCCAACUUUAUGCAGCAGAGUGUCUACUGAUCAUUGUUAGCAGAAAGGGCAAGGUUGAAGAUAGAAAACCCCUCCUAGUGCUGUUUAGUGAGGAUGCCAUGUCAAUCAUCUGGACCACUACCCUGGCUGCCGAGCAAGCCUCUCACAAUGAGUACUACUAUUUGUUCCUGAAGCGACUAUGUCAGGUUUUAACAGAACUGGGUAAACAGCUGUGUGCUAUGUGGGGUCAGUUGCCAAAGGUAGAACAACCAGCCAACUUUGAGAAAUACCUUGAGGCUCUGCUGGUCCUAACAAAUUACCCCAGCCAGAUGAUCAGCUGUUUUACCCAAUCCCUUUGGUCAAGUUUCCUACGCCAUGAGAUAAUCAGUGCUGAUCCAAUACUCCAAUCCUUCAUACCCAGGCUGUUUGAAAGCUCAACCAAAACAUUACAAAAGGUUGGGUUCCCAACCCAGAACAAUUCGCCCAGUUGUAAGUACUCCAGGCUGGACCAUGAUAGUGAUGAGGAGUUCACCACAUUUUUCUCCAAAUACCGAGCAGAAAUAGCUGAUACACUAAAGCUUGCAGCAGUCCUUCAACCUAAAACGGCCUUCACAUUUGCUGGUCUGUGGUUACAGGGUGUCCUACAGAAACCUAUAGACACGGGAGAAGGGUCGGAGAAUGGGUACUGUCGACUUUCCUCUCCAUCUUUUAUUGCUUGGGAUGCCAUGACAGUAUGCCUUGAAAGUGUGAUGUCCCGGGUAUUGUCUGCUAAGCCUCCUCCCAACCAGCAGGAGGGUAUCUGUCUACUUAGCAGUGUUCUUGAAUUCAAAACGGAGGACCCCCUCAUUCUGUCAUCACUGUUGUCUUGUAUAUCAGCUUUAUUUCCAUUUGUGAAUGGAGCACCAGACAAACUGCCAAUGGUUCUUGAAAAGAUAUUUUCUGCUGUGACAUUCAACUUGCCUGGCCAGACUAAAUCUACACGUAGUAAAGCUGUGAAGAAUGUCCGCCAGCAUGCCUGCUCCAUCCUGGUCAAGAUCUGUAAAGUGUACACAGAUCUUCUGUUUCCCGUGUUUGACAAGCUAUACAGCCACAUACAGGUGAUCAGCCGUGACACAGAGCAACUCUCCCAAAUGGAGAAAUGUAUUCUCAUAGAGGCACUCAUCCUCAUAAGUAACAAAUUCCAUGAUUUUAACAAGCAGUCAUCAUUUAUAGAGGAAGUCCUGAAGCCUGUCAAAGAUUUGUGGCUUUCAGGAGAGUUCAAGCAAGCAUUUUGGUCUGCUGUGAAGUUUAUGUCGUACAUUGGGUUGGAUCAGGCUCCGGUCGAACCUUCCUCAGCAGACACCUGUGGCAUCAACAGAUCACAUAUGGUGUAUUGUAUCAAUACUAUCCUGGCCGUGCUCAAGAGAAGUAGAUGGCCUGAAGACCUACAGGUAGCCAGUGAGAGUGGGUUUGUGAUUGGGGUCAUGGAUGAUGGGACAACUGCCCUGAGAAACCCUGCCACCACACACAUCAGUGUCCUGCUGGAGAAUCUACUAGCCCUCGUAAAGACUAUGAAUUCCAAGUGGCAGCCUGAAUGUCUAAAGUUGCGACAUCCAGCUUUUGACAAGUCCUAUGAUUUGUCGGACACUGACAGAUUAGCUGUACUAGGUAUCCCUCCGCCAUGUGUUGACAACAGUAAUAAUUACAUCUGUCGACAGCCACUAGAGAGGAUGCAGUUGUUUCUUUGUACCACUCACGACACAUGUUGUCACAUCCUGGGAAAUGCUGGCCCGUGUCUGGGACAGGAGUUUUACACCAUCCCCAAUCUCACCCAGUCUCUCCUCAGCACUAUCUUCACCAACCUGGACCUCCUGCCCGACUACAGAGUCAAACCCAUGAUACGUGUAUUCAUGAAGCCCUUUGUACAGAAUUGUCCCAGGAUGUGCUAUGAAACAGCCGUUAUACCACUGCUGGCAUUCCUAUGUCCCUACAUCUACCAGCGAUUGAGUGCCAAGUGGGCGGUAAUAAACCAAAGAAACAGUCACCAGACAGAGGAUGGUAAAACGGAAGCUGAAGAUGAAAAUCCAGAGUCCCAGGAGGUGCUGGAUGACCAAUUGACUCGCCAGCUGUCCAGGGAAUAUGUUGACCUGCUUGUUACCAUCUGCCGGUCACGCCCCUCAAACUUGGAGAACACAGCAGAAGACCAGAUAAUGGAUGAGGAAGUCACGCCCCCAGACAAUCCAUCGAACCAACAACAACCCAAAGAAACCUGUCUCAGUGAACUCGGCCUUCUGUGUAUGAAAAAUGAGGAAGUGUACCCAUCUAUAGUAAUGUAUGUGUUUAACUCACUGUCCUGGAACGACUCCACCAUGGUACUGCGGGCGACCACUGUGUGUUGGCUGGCCAUUAAACAGUUGUUGACGGACAGUAAAUUGGUACCAGAGGCAGUCAACGUAUUUUUCUGUGCUGUGCUGUUUGGACUCCAGGCUCAUGGUCAGCAUGAGGCAGCUCAGAAUGAUUUACUUCUGUUAGGAGCACAGAUGUAUGAUCUCCUGAGACCACAUUUUCCAAACCUGGCCAACAUCUUGCUACAAGUCCCCAACUGCUCAGUGGAAGCUGUCAAGGCCUUUGAUGAAAAAAUAUUACAAUCAAGUCCACAAAAGCAAAUCCCAGACAAAAAGAAGAAAGAUCUCUUUAAGAAGUUGGUAGCUGAUAUCAUUGGGAAAAGUGUGGGCCAGCAGUUUAAGCGAGAGGCACAGUACAAAAAUCUCCCUCCUAUAUAUACAAUCAGAUCUAAACAACCUUCUGUGGAUGAAGUUGAACCUCACACCAUGGGCCUGUGUGACCUAUUUAAACCAAUCAAUGGAAACUUAACAGCAUCCUGAACACUGUUUCUGCGUGUCGAUGCCAUGCAUAUUAUCACAGCAUUGGUGCUAGAUAGGAUAUAGCAUCGAGCCGGGGACAUGGCCAGAGAAUGAAGCAAUCGUCUAAGAGAUAAGUACUUUGCAAGUUGUUACAUGGACCCUAAACAAAUUCAUGUUGUGAUCCAGAUAAAAGACCGAAGUGGAGAACAAAGCCAUUGUGUAUUGGUACAGUGAUUGGGUUUUGUGCUGUGUGAUGUGCAAUGUGAAAUACUCUCGGGUAUUGAUACUGGGAUAUAAAUACCACAUUCCUGGUCCUACAGGAAAUAUAAACUCUUGUUGGGUAUUGAUAUUGGGAUGUGCCAAAUUUUUGUGCUCAAUGGAAUAGAGUUGAUUCGA